AUAUUCUGAAUUCAUUGGCGGCGAGGGUGAAAUGAGUCUCAUUUAUUAUUUUAAUUUAUUUUGAUUUUACUCCUAUACAGAGGUAAAGUUUCAAAGAAUAUGAAAUCAAUAAUGUUGAUUUGUUAUAAUUCAAUCGAAAUAACCAUUGGAUGGGGUUGAAAUAGUGACAAAUUACAGUGGCUUUGUGUAGCUGUGUGGAUCGUUUGCGGUUUAGGCUGUAAAAUGACUUGGUCACUUGGUGCUAUAAGAUUCAAAUAAAAUGAUGUUACCAGGAUCAUUUUAUUUUCUUAUAGGUGAAAUGGAUAGUGAAGACUCUAAAUCCGCCCUGUUACAUCUAACCCAAGGCAAUGAUGAUGUAGAAAUGCAGAAUUCGGCAAAAGAUGAAGAGUCAGUCAGCGAAUCUGGAGGAAAAUAUGCUAUCGACUGGAAAAGGCGAGUCAAAUCCGAGUUCAUGAGGAUUAAACACCUGAAGAAGUACAAAAAGACCGAUGAAUUAAAGGCAGCAUUUGCAACAAACAGAACAACAAUCAAUGAACAACUCAAAGAUCAGAAAGACUUCAUAGAUUCUCAGCCAUCUUACACACUGCCACCUCCAGAGACGUUAAGUCACAUUCCAGUCACAAAAAAGUGUGAUGUGAAAAGUAACCUGAUGCCAGUUCAGACAACAUUGCUCCGGGUUCUCAACAGUCUGCAGUCCAUUCCAACCAUGUAUUGCUGGGCAGGACUUCAGCAAAAUUUUAUGGUUGAAGAUGAAACCGUCUUGCACAAUAUACCCUACAUGGGCGAUGAUGUCCUUGACAAAGAUGUGACCUUCAUUGAAGAACUUCUGAAGAACUAUGAUGGCAAAGUACAUGGAGAGAAGCACUGCAAUGUCAUGGAUAAUGACACAUUUGUGGAGCUCGUUAACUCUCUCUGGCUUAAUUACCCUGAUCCUGAUGUGGAGGAAGCUGAAAGUAUGGAACAUUGUAACCAGGAUGUGCAGAAGUCUGAGUUUCCCAGUGAUGCCAUCUUUGAGGCCGUAUCUGCAGAAUUCCCCGAGAAAGGGACUGCAGAACACCUAAAAGAAAAAUACAAGGAUUUAAUAGAAGUUAAGGAAAGCAACCUACCUCCUGAAUGUACACCGAACAUUGACGGACCGAGUGCCCAGUCUGUGCCCAGGGACCAGACCAUGCAUUCAUUUCACACCCUCUUCUGUAGACGCUGCUUCAAAUAUGAUUGUUUCUUACAUCCAUAUCAUCCAACUCCAAGCAUGCUGACAAGAAAAAUGCCAGAAACUAAACAAGAAACAGAGCCCUGUGGUCCAAACUGCUAUUUACAUGUGGUAGGACUACCAGAUGAGAAGGGAGACAGUGGUGAAGUGAGGAAGGAAGAGAAGUCUGAUAUUAGUAAAAAAUGUAAAACUAGAUUGCAAAAUAAGCGCAAAAGUACAUGUUUUUCAGGAUCCAGUGUGGACAUAAAGCAGGAGACACAGAAGAUGGACAACUGGCUGCCAGCUGAGGAGUCAUUGUUCCGGGUCAUUCAGGACAUGCACCGAACCAACUACUGCACCAUAGCUAAACUGAUCCAGACAAAGGCAUGCAUCCAGGUUUAUAACUUCGCUCUGAAGGAAGCCGCCCACAUUCCAGACGUCACCGAGGAUAAAGCACUGACCCCACCGAGGAAGAAGGCCAAAAAGAAGCACAAGUUGUGGUCCAUGCAUUGUCGCAAGAUUCAGCUGAAGAAGGAUAACAACAGCAGUAAGAUGGUACAUAAUUACCAGCCCUGUGACCACCCGGGCCUCCGCUGUGAUGAAAACUGUCCCUGUAUCAUGUCCCAGAAUUUCUGUGAGAAAUUCUGUCAGUGUAGUGGUGAUUGUGAGAACCGAUUCCCAGGCUGUAGGUGUAAGGCUCAGUGUAACACUAAACAGUGUCCAUGCUUCCUGGCAGUCAGAGAGUGUGACCCUGAUCUUUGUCAGAUGUGUGGAGCAGAUCAGUUCAAUACAGAUAAAAUUUCCUGUAAGAAUGUUAGUGUUCAAAGAGGAAUGAAAAAGCACCUUCUCUUAGCUCCCUCAGACAUUGCAGGCUGGGGAAUCUUUCUCAAAGUACCAGCAGAGAAAAAUGAGUUCAUAUCUGAGUAUUGUGGAGAGAUAAUAUCACAAGAUGAAGCUGACAGAAGAGGAAAGGUGUACGACAAAUACAUGUGUAGCUUUCUCUUCAAUCUAAACAAUGAUUUUGUUGUGGAUGCCACAAGAAAGGGCAACAAGAUUCGCUUUGCUAACCACUCAGUCAACCCUAACUGCUACGCUAAAGUGAUGAUGGUGAACGGGGACCACAGAAUUGGCAUUUUUGCCAAACGACCCAUACAAGCAGGAGAGGAACUCUUCUUUGAUUAUCGUUAUGGUCCAACUGAACAACUGAGAUUUGUAGGAAUUGAACGGGACACUGAAAUGCUGUGAUACUACAUGUAAUAGGCAGUAUGGAGGCAAAUUCUGUGCAGAAAUUACCUGGUGCUCAAGAAUAGAAUAACGUUUUCGAAAUACUGUGCAAUAUGUGGAAUUUAGUGAAUUAAACAGCUAAACAGUGUAAAAGGAUUAUGUCAAUUGUUAAAACACUCUAAUUCUGAAUUUAGAGCAUGAUGAAUACUAAGUACACAACAAUUUUCCUCACAUGUAAUUUCAUGUUUAUUAACAAAUGUAAAUAAAAUGAAAUACUGUUUUCUUCUUUUGAAA